GCAGUGGGAGUGAGGCCUGGCGUCACAGAUCCUGACAGGGAAGAAGUAGGCAGGUCCUGGCAGGGGAGAACUGUGGCGGCGGUAUCUCGGGUAUAGCCAGCUCCAGCCGGAUGGAGUCUCGAGUCGCGGACGCCGGGGCCGGCCAGGCUGAGCGCUCAGCGGGCGAGGGCCGGACAAGCAGCGGCGCCGCUCAGGGACCCGCAGUCUCGGCGCCCUUGGGUGCUGCCCGGUGGAAGCUCCUGCGGCAGGCUCUGAAACAAAAACACCUGGAUGAUUGUCUACGACAUGUAUCUGUAAGAAGAUUUGAAUCAUUUAAUCUGUUCUCAGUAACAGAAGCCCAAAAAAGGGAAACUGAAGAGGAAGUUGGUGCCUGGGUCCAAUAUACAAGCAUCUUCCAUCCUGAAUACAGUAUUUUCUUAAGGCAUAAUAGUGGAUCUUUGAAUGUUGAAGAUGUUCUUACCAGCUUUGACAAUACAGGAAAUAUUUGCAUCUGGCCGGCUGAAGAGGUUUUGGCUUACUACUGCCUCAAGCACAGUGAUGUAUUCAGGGACCUUGCUGUGUGUGAGCUAGGGGGUGGCAUGACAUGCUUGGCUGGGCUCAUGGUUGCUAUUUCUGCAGAUGUCAAAGAAGUUCUGUUAACUGAUGGGAAUGAAAAGGCCAUCAGAAAUGUGAGAGACAUCAUCACAAGGAAUCAGACGGCUGGUGUGUUUAAGACUGGGAACAUAUCAAGCUGCGUUUUACGAUGGGAUAAUGAGACAGAUGUCUCUCAACUGGAAGGACAUUUUGACAUUGUUAUGUGUGCUGACUGCCUGUUUCUGGACCAGUACAGAGCCAGCCUUGUUGAUGCAAUAAAGAGAUUACUCCAGCCCAGGGGGAAAGCAAUGGUAUUCGCCCCACGCCGAGGGAAUACUUUAAACCAGUUUUGCAAUCUAGCUGAAAAAGCUGGUUUCUCUAUCCAAAGACAUGAAAAUUAUGAUGAACACAUUUCAAACUUCCACUCCAAGUUGAAAAAGGAAAACCAGGAUAUAUAUGAAGAAAACCUUCAUUACCCACUUCUGCUUAUUUUAACCAAAGAUGAAUAGAAGAUUAAGCCGCUCGAAAGACAAAGAAAACAUCCAGUGUACAGGCAAUAUUUUGACAAAAACAGAAAUCUGUAACGGGUAUAAUAUGCAGUAAGCCGUUGGCUCCCUGAGAUUUUCAAGCCCUCAGGACAUGAGCCCCAACUGCCUUUGCAACAUUCCGUGUGUGGGUUCCGGGGUCCACCUGUCCUCACCCACGUGACUCCCCAGCCGUCCUGGACUCCUCUUUUUUCCAUCUGCUUGUUGCUCUUCCUGCACCAAACUUUUGUCUUUAAAUAUGUUAUAAGCGGCCUAUGUGAGAUUUAAAUUGGACUUGAGAGCCACCCAAAUAUUUUUCCCUCUCAUUGAGACAGAAUUUCUUUUGGUGAUUCCCACCCCACCCCCACCCCCCCUUUAGAAAAUAUCUUGGUCUUUGUUCUAUUUUAGUGGUGGUCAUUCUUCAUCUGCCAACCCAGCAAACAUGAUGAUUCUUUCCUGGUUAGAAAAAGAAAGAAAGCAAGCAAAUCUUUCAGAUCACCCUCACAUUAAUUGUAUUAAAUCCGCCAUCUCUGUUUUGCUGUCUCUCUCUCUCUCACCCAUUCUCUUUUUUUCUUUUAAACAGGAUGUUUUUUUUCCCUAUAGAUGUAUAAGCAGUGACUACAUCAGCCCAAAGCCUCAUAAACUGACCGUUUGUCCUCUGGACACAAUAGCAUGGCCGGCCCUCUGCUCCUCCUCUCCAAUUAUGUGUGAUUAGUCUCAAUGCGUUGUGUCAAGGAGGCGGAGUGUGCUGAGUGCUUAUUAUCUGUUUAGGUACAAGAAGAGCACAUUUAGGCUCUGACUAUGGAUGAAAAGUGAGCCUUUAUCAGGGCUCAAAUCUACUGCUGUUCUCCAGGCCUCUUUCAAAAGAGGUCCUUUCCAGGGAAAUUUUGAAUAAAUGGUUGAUAAAACGAGAUGGCAACCAGGGCGAGUUUUUAAAAACUCGAUCACACAGUUAUCUGAUUGAAAGUAAGUAUAUAUAGUCCUAUGCAGCAAUGCAAGUGUAUGGUAAACAUUUAAUAUGUGCUACCUAGGAUUAAGAGAGAAUGACUUUUCUGCAGGGAACCCAAGCCUCUCCUUGCCUGGUUCAUCCCCGAGAUGCUCUAAUGCCUUUUGUGGAAAUUCAGAUGUUUAUCUGUAAGGAAUCAUCUGUGUCCACUUUCACAGUAAUGUCAUUAGUAGGUUAGCUAUAUAUCCUCCUAUCUUUAGUAGAGGCAAAGCGUGUAUUUAGCGUGAUACAAUUAAAGUGAUAGGUGGGAGACUGGCGGCGAAUCCUUUCGCAUGUUAAGCAAACUUAGCUGUCAUAAAAACAGCGACUCUCAGAUGUCUGCUCUGCUCACUUCUAUCAUCAAACAGAUUUUUCACCAUCAGUUUGCAUGUUCUUGUAUUCACCACUUUUUCUGCUCCAUUAGAGCACCUAGAUGGAUCUCUGAAGGCAUAGGUCAAGCCGCAGUUAGAUCAUACAUUUCUUUCUCACAAAAACUUGAAUUGCAAUGCCAAGUGAUGGGCUAACAUCACAAUAACAGCAAUUUAUUCCUCUUUGGAUAAAACAGCAGUCUAUUCUCAGUGCUAGAUAAAGACCAGGGCAAUGCAAACCAGCCAUUUAGCUGAGUAGUUCAGCUAGUGGCAGCUCUCCUUUGGCGACUGUAUAGGUUGCACACUGGCUUCAUAUUUUCUUGUUUAAAAAAUCAGAAUUCGGAACGUUUUAAAAGGCGACACAGGUAGUUCCAUUUAUACUGGUGAAAAUACAGAGAAAUGAUUUCUUCCUGCAACUAAAUCUGCCAGACAAAGAAAACCCAUCCGUGCAGUAGCAUCUAAGAUCGCCUGUUCUUAUUUUUUCUUGUAAAAUAUAGAACAUCAGAACCGUGAGAGUAGUUCCAUUUUUUCCUCAUGAAAAUACAUGAAUUGGCAAGAAUUCAAUUUACAUUUGUGUUUUGUGGGUGUAGAAAUCCAGUGUUUAUUUUGCUGGAAGAAAAUGUAUUUUUAAAAGUAAAUUAGUAGUGUGUUUUUUCUUAAUAUCUGAGAAUAGUGUGUACAGUUACCUAAGCUGGAGACAGGCUAUAAGAAUUGAGCUGUGCUACCAAAAGACAUUGAGUAAAGAAAUAUGUUCAUUGUGACUAAAACCUAGAGAAUCUUCUGUAAAAUGUUAGGGGUUUCAUAGAUUUGCUCUUUAUGGGACCCUUACCUGGAGAUGUCACUAGUCUGGGCUCUUUGGAAGUUUGUAAGAAACUAAUGUUGUAUAUUAUUGAGUAGUUUAAAAGUGUUUUUAUUUUCUCAAAUUUUGGCGAAGUGCCGAUAUUGAGAGGGGAAAAAAUUAUAGCUGCUUUAGAAAGUUUAUCCACUUACAUUUCUUUUGAACUUGAUGGUUAAGAAUUAUUUCUCUGCAUCGGUAUUGGGUUGCAUAAUUGCAAUUGAAAUGCCCCAUUUCAUAAUUGUCUGUGUAAUUGUGCCUGUGUUUGUUUCAAAACAAAGCCUGUCUGAAAUCAUAAGAAUUAUUACUAUAUUCCUGUUUCCUGUGUACCUGUAUCUUCUGAGAAAACUCACAAAUCUCUUUUGUCAUACUAAAUAGAUUUGGUUGGAUGUGAGAAUAUUUCUAAUAUCGCCCAUGGUCAGUUCUAAUGCGGUGAUAUGAACAGCCACAUACAAGUUGGUUAUAAGAAAUAGAUUUUAUUUUAUAGCAAGACAUAUGCUGUGAAUUGGGAUAAAA